AUGGAGAUGCUUCCGAACUCUACAGGGUAUCUCUGGAUUCCUGAACACGUCGUCUUCACCGCCACCGAAGCAGCUGUCCAGCUACAGCGCUAUUAUCCCAAUAUUCAUUGGUACAUCAGAGAGGUUCGCUAUUGUGGUGGCUCAGUAAAGCGUACAGACGUCGAAGGGUUAAAGAGGCUGUUCGCUCAGUUGCCUCUGGCGAAAUCCUUCAUACUAGAAGGGAUCAGUAGAGACAUAGAAGGAAGCGGGAUCCUUAAUCCUCUGGCAGGACCUUUGCAUAAAAUAGAGCACCUGUCAUUUAGUGGAGGUAUCAUUUAUGCGGAAGAUUUGAACAAGUUGCUACCUGGUAAGAACACCUAUUAUGUCACUGCGUAUGCCUUUUUCACUCAUAUCUGUUAUCAAGGGAUGUCGCAUUUAACAAAAAUUACCGUAUCACCAUCAACAGUACUCGAAAUUGAGGCAGGUAGUUUGACACCUAAAGCUCUGGGCAUGCUAGCCCACCUCAGGUUUUUGGAUCUUUCCAUGCCAGAAAUGGACGAUGACUUUGAACUAGAAGAUAGCUAUGAAUGGAUCCAGACUGUGCCUUUUCCAGCAGUGUGUGAACUUCAUAUCCAUUCAUACUGUCAAUGGUGGUGCACGAGAGCGUGCUUUAUCAUGGAUGCUCUUGCAAGUAGCACCAUUGACAGGCUAGCGCUUGAUGUUUAUUGUACAUUUCUCUCUUCUUUCUUCUUCUUCCUCGAUGUUGCCAUCUGA